AUGAGCUUAACGAGUGUGAACUACCGCACGAGUAAACUCUUUGCUCUUAACCAAGUAAAACGCAUCCCCGUCCAACGUAUCCCCGUCAAACUCACCCCCGUCCAACGUAUCCCCGUCAAACUCACCCCCGUCAAACGCAUCCCCGUCAAACGCACCCCCGUUCAACGCACCCCCGGCAAACGCAUCCCCGGCAAACGCAUCCCCGGCAAACGCAUCCCCGUCCAACGCAUCCCCGUCAAACUCACCCCCGUCAAACGCACCCCCGUCAAACGCACCCCCGUCAAACGCAUCCCCGUCAAACUCAUCCCCGUCAAACUCAUCCCCGUCAAACUCAUCCCCGUCAAACUCAUCCCCGUCAAACUCACUCCCCCGUCAAACGCACCCCCGUCAAACGCACCCCCGUCCAACGCAUCCCCGAGUGAAGAUGUGCGUGAAGUCAACUGGCAACGACACCGAGGGGCCUGGGUAGCUCUCAAGGAUCCCUGGCUCUCAUCGCUUAGAUUUAGAAACAAUAAGAAAAUAUAUACCGAUAGUUUACCUUUGUCGUAG